UCAACAACAUCACCACUCGCGAUUCAGUCUUGUAAACGACCCAAACCGCAACUUUACAAGAGGAAUCGACAUGCCUGCCACUGGCGAAGACCAUAUACAGGACGUCGUCGACGACGUUGCUACGUUCAGCGACGCUGCGGCGUCUUCCUCGUCGGACGAAGAAGUUGUGUGUGACGGGUACGUGAGGGCCCCUACGAAGACAGCCAUAACAUCUAGGAAAAUGGUUACUUUCGAGAGUUUACCUACCAGGAAGGACCACGAAGAGUUCAUCAGGAAGUGCGUCGAUGUUUUGCUGAAACAAGCCGUUUUCGAAGGUACCGACAGAAAGAACAAAGUGCUCAACUACGAGAGCCCGGAGGAGCUGCAGAGAAUCUUCGACUUCGGUCUCAAGUCACUGCCUUCAACCCACGAAGAUCUAUUGCAGCUCGUGAAAGACACCGUUCAGUAUUCGGUUAAGACGGGACAUCCUUACUUCGUGAAUCAGCUGUUUUCUUCGCUGGAUCCUUAUGGGUUGGUUGCCCAGUGGUUGACGGAUGCCUUGAAUCCCAGCGUUUAUACCUACGAGGUGUCGCCUGUGUUUACUCUUAUGGAGGAGACCGUUUUGGAAGAGAUGAGGAGGAUCGUGGGGUUUAAGGAUGGCCGGGGGGAUGGAAUUUUUUGUCCUGGAGGGUCUCUGGCUAAUGGAUAUGCUAUUCACUGUGCCCGGUAUAAUUUCAUGCCUGAUGUUAAGACAAAAGGACUCCAUUCUCUUCCUCGUCUAGUGCUCUUCACUUCUGAAGAAAGCCACUACUCCAUCAAGAAACUAGCUUCUUUCCUCGGGAUUGGAUCCGAUAACGUCUACUGCAUCCAAACUGACAAAAGAGGCAAAAUCAAGAUCAGCCACUUGCGUGAAGAAAUAGAAAGAUCAUUAUCGGAAGGAGGGGUACCCUUCAUGGUAUGUGCCACUGCUGGGACCACCGUGUUGGGUGGAUUUGAUCCUAUUGAGGAAAUUGCCGAUGUUUGCCAGGAGUACAAUUUGUGGUUGCAUGUUGAUGCUGCUUGGGGUGGAGGGGCUCUUAUGUCAGCGAAGCACAGAGGACUGAUGAAGGGAAUUGAAAG